AUGGCGAUAGUGCAACGGAGCCGACUUGAAGAAGAGUACCUAGUAAAUUCUUUGUUGAUAGUUGAUCGAAUUAGCAUGCUUCUAAAUGAAAUAUUAGAUAUAAUAUUGUCUUUAUUGAGCUUAAAAGAAGUUAUUGCGACUAGCGUACUUAGUUCUCGAUGGAGAAGAGCGUUACUCAUUCCCAUACAAACAAAUUUCCCCGACAAUCUGAAGCUGCUGAAGAAACUCAGUUUGCAUUCAGUGGAUGUUGUUAACACCUCAACAGAGUUCAAAUGCCUAGAAAUCAGCCAGUGUAGGAGCCUCACAUCAGUCGCGGUUCUUGAAUCGGAGGUUGCCUGCAUCAAGUACGGUGGUGCGGGUAAUCCACAUUGUGUUUUCAUGCCUGUCCAUGUUCCUCUCCUUACUGAGCUCUGGAUUCAAGCGGCACCACGUUUGGAUUCUUUUAAAGAUAUCAAAAAAGUUUUAGACAUGUUUGGAUUAUUGCUUCCACAACUACACAAGCUCAAGAUAUACGCCACAUCCAGAAUUAGCUAUGGGGACAAUAUAGGGAAGAUCAUGCCUAAUCUUAAGGAAUUGGUGGUGGUUCUUGGCUGUGAUUACUGUGAAAAGUGUUCAAUCCUGCCAUGGUUAAGUGUGGCACCUGCACUUCUCUUGCAGAGAUUUGUGAUAGAGGCAUCACACCAAGAGACAAGCAAAAAGUGUAGUAACCUAUGUAAUUGUAACUGGCCUGAUGGUUGGAUUGGUAAUGUUUGGCUUUGGGAGAGAGAUGACAGAAUAUGUAGGGCUUUUCCUCACAUCGAGGAGGUUGAGUUUGUUGGUUAUCGUGGUGUGUUUAAUCAUCUUCAAGUAAUUACACAAUUUAUCAAAUACGAUGGUGCAUUAGAAAAAAUAAUUAUCAAUCCACUAUCAUUCAAGCUUAGCAGCUGUAUGCCAUGGGAUCUCAUAUCUCGAAACAACGUGAAGAAUGAAAUAUCUGCAAGGAAUCAUGCAAAGGACCAACUUAAAGACUCUACCAUUAAUGUUAACAUCCUUUAGACUAAGAUUCGUAAUUUUCAUUUGAUCAAACUUAUAUCCAGAUUUUAACACUAGAUUAUUAUUAAAUUAUCAUACGACUUUAUUUUUUA